GCCGCUUUAUAGCCAUAACAACGACGCUAAGGCUUUCAUCUUCAAUUCCUCGUCGUCCCUUCUUUCCACAAACUUUCUCUCAACAAUCUUCUUCUCCAAAGCUCAUUCGUAGUGAGCAGCGAUGGCAGAAUCAGCACCCUCCGACGGAGGUUCACAGUACCAAGUACAAAUCAAAAAGUUUGCCUUUCCAGGCCAACUUCUGGAUACCCGAUUUCGUCUUUUUGGAAAGAUAGAAAUUCAUGCCCAUUCAUCUUUACUCAAAAUGCAUUCUGCCUUCUUUCGAAAAUUUAUGGAUUCUCCGGAUAAACUACCUGCAAAAACUGGAGCAGCACUUGCAUAUGAAUGGGUCGAUGAGGUCGACGAUGAUGGUUCUGGAUGGCAUGUUGUUGCUGAUAGUAACAAACAAGGUCCAAGCAAAUCGUUGCAAGGUAGAUCAGAGCCAGAAAUCGACUCAUUUGUUGCCAUGCUUAAUUGCAUUUAUCGCAUCCCAUUCAAGGUUGAUCCAGAGCAACUGGUCGAACUUACAAAGCUUGCAGACUACUAUCGCUGUUUGCCAGCAGCAUCAAACAAUUUGUAUGCUUGUUUCUAUAUGAGCCCUAACUUUGAUAUUCACAAAGCAUAUGAUCUCAUCGAGUCAGCGUACAAACUUCGUCAUCCAUUGUUGUUCAGAGACUGUGUUAUCUACAUUGCUGGUACUAUGAGACAAACACCUAAAUUCCCGCUCAAGAACAAGGACCCCAACAUUCAACAGGCCCUGAAACAGGCCCUGAUGACUGUAAGGAACAAAAUCUUCGAAAACCUUCUUAUAGCCUACGAAUCAGUGCAUUCGACGGCUUGUCAAUAUGAUGAGCCAUUGUUCAAGGCAAUGAAGGAGGCUAGCAUGAACGUACUGGAAAAAGGAAAAUUUUUCCAUCCAGAGUUCUUUAGAACACUGGUUGAUCAGGAAGAGGAAUUUCUAGACGACUUAGAAACGGUACUUUCCGGAAAUUUGCAGCUGGAUAGUUCGGCUAUGGCGGGAAUCGGUAGGUACGACGAUCAUUUUUUCUGCGCAAGUUUGAGCGACGAGGAACUACCGUGGGACACUACCGAAACCGACUGGUAGCUGUUUGAUACUCGGUUGUUGAUGAUCAAUCGAGAUUCUUGGCGUUAGCUCUACUCAAAAGUCAACUUACUUCACCAUAGACCGAAAUUUUUCCA